CUUCUAUUGAUCAUAUUAGCUAUAUUGGGCUAUUGAAAAAGAAUGGAAAUAGAAAUGCAAAAGAUAUUUCCUUUUUCGGUGUAAGUCCGGGAGCCCUGUGGUAAGAUCCUCUCGUCGCCCUAGCGACAGAAAGAACAAGAUGGCCGCUGCCAUUAGCACCAAUAAACAUUUGAUUGCUGCAUUAUAACGCCUCACUGAAAGCAUGGCAUCUUCGCCGUUGGCUGAUCGCGCAUCGCGUGUUUCGGGAAGGCGAUCAAUUGCACGUGAAGAACGAAGUCCAACAAGUUACAAACCAGCGAGAGAUCGGGCGAAGCGUUCACAAGCGCUUAUUGAGGAACAGGUCCUGCUCGUCAGAGACACACAGGAAGCUCUAAAGAAAGCCUUGGAGACAUUAGAAACAGAUGCAACUGGUGAUCAUGAGCGGAGUGAAGAGCAACUUCAAUCUCUACUUAACAAGAGCAAAGAGUUGAUUGUUAUGGUCCAGGUGUUGAUGAAGAUCAGGAAUGAGCUAGCUUAUGCAAGACUUGAUCUGGAGAAAGCUGUCAAGUAUGAAAUUGGGAUUGAGCCUGCAAAGAAGAGGGUAAAAUGGUUACAGCAGAGAUUGGAGAAAGUUCUUUCUAGUGCCCGAUUGUUUUGUCAGUCAGCUAAUUUGCAGUCUUCUCGAUCCCAGAGGCAAACCAAGUCCAAAUUUUCCAGAGACCAAGCAUCAGACCAAUUAUUGGACAGACUCAGUGAAAGCCAGCAUCAGAGAUUGUUUAUUACAGAAACACCAGAUAGAUUUGGCAACCAGAGGGAUGUAGACGUCAUCAAUGACUUUAACAGGAUGGUUCUAGAAUCCCUAAGUCAAGAAUCUAUUGAGUUUAAUAAGACACCAAUCUCUCAACCUGAUGCAAGUAUGCACAAGACAAGAGAAAAGAUAGCAGGAUCUCCAACCAGUCAAAAAAUGACUGACAAGCAUAAAGGGAAGAAAAAAACAAAGCGUCGUAGUGACCCCGCCCCUGUCUCAAGCCCCUCCCUGGCGGGACUGAAGCAGAUACCAGCACCACAGGAAGAUCUGUAUGAUGGUGGGGGUGACACCACACCUGAACCCCUGUCUGAUGCUGAAGACGACCACAGGGAGACAGCUUCAGUGAUCAGCUCAGUACAACUUGAUGAGGGCCUGGGUCUCACUACUGCAUCAGUGACCUCCUCAACUGACAGUCAAACAGACCAAACUACAAUGACAACUCCAAGAAAGAUACUUGAGUGGGAAAGAGAGAACCAGGAUAGAACUCAUGAUAGAGAAGCAAAGGGUUCCCCAGGAGGGGUGAGACAACAGGCUACGGGUUCUUCUGACAAAGAAGAGGACCUGCAAAUGGAUACCCAUGGGGGGGAGGAAGAGGAGGACUACUGGGAAAUGGACCAUCAUCGCUUUCAGUGGUCUGAGUACAUGCAGAAUCUGGACCCACGUUCCUGGCAUGCCCUAGGACUGGCUAUGCAGGAUACCUUCCUUGUAAAAGAGCGACCCCCGUUCCAGUCUGACCUUCCUUGGAGAGAAAAGCCCAUGAAAGUCAACAGUGUCAUUGAUGUACAUAAAAUUGCACUGGAUAAGCUGCUUGUACGACUUCACCGCAUGUAUGACAUGAUAGGCCAAGCAACCCAGUUCACUGUCGACCCCCUGCCACAAGACGAGAAGCUAGAAGUGACUAUGGGAAGGCAUGAUGGAAGUGGUCCCCCUAGUGAUGGCAAGAUACUCACUGGAUACUUGACUGCACUUGACAGCAAGCCUGUAUCACGUGACCAACCCUUACCACCAAUUCCUAGCACGGCCAAUCAGAAGAACAUGUCACUCAUAGAGCGUUAUCCACUGACAACUAAUGCGAGCAUGACGAGAAUUGCUAGAAAGUGCUCUGAUAAGAUGUACCCACGCAACUCAGGGAACUGGUGCGAGGAUGUAAGCGCUGGUCGUGAUAUACCCCGGAUUGUGACGUCAAAACCAAUCCUUCUGAAGAGGACUAGCAAUAUACAGCCUCGAUACCUCGGCAAGAAAACGCCUCUCCCAAGCCCGACCUGGACAGAGCGCAACGAGAACGUCUGGAAACCUGUUAUGGUGAAGCGGAUAAUUGGAGCGAUGAAAAUGAUGGAGUCAGAGAGGUCACGUGAAAAACUGCAGUCGGGCUACGUGGAUGAAGAUGGACCAAAGUGGAGACGGAUUCAGGUUCUUUUGGGGGAGGAAGGGCUGCUAUCAGCGAACCCCACUAUUGUCAUGGAAGCUGCCAAGUGUCUUGGGCUACUUCAGUGCAGACACCCAGAUAUUCUCACGGCUCUCCAAGAUUCACUCACUUCUAAUACCGAUGCGCGUGUUUGCUACGAAGCCAGCAAGUCCUUGAUUUUGCUAGGUACAUGGAGCCCACAUGCCAUGCGUGUUGUCAUGGAAAACAUCCGAAAAGGUAACAGAGACGUGGUUUCUGAGCUGCUGCUAACGAUGACCAAAGCUCGUAACAUACCGUUCGUGGAUAAGCACACGCCAGAGUUUGAAGCCAUGGUUAGCCUUCUGGUCUACCUUAUUCGCCACAAGCCAUUCGAGAUGGCAUUCAAUGCAGCCAUCAGCUUGGGUAGGCUGUGUGUAGUGGAGCCGCACGCCAAAGCCUUUCUGAUCAAGAAGCUACCAACACUGCUCCCUCAAGAGAAGAGUGAGGCGCUUUAUGUACUCAUCAAGCAGUUCAACUGCAAGGACCAUGUUGUGCUGGACGCGUUAUUGCAACAGAUGUCUUCCUCGUACAAUUGGAAGCAUCGGCUAGAAGCCGCAGAACUUCUCAUCUUUAUUGGGUCACGUGACGUAUUCAAGGUGAUGUCAGAAGACGAGGUUUUUGACGUGCUUGAGAAACUGCUAUGGGACCACGCCAAUAAGGAGCUGAGGCUAAAGAUCUCUGAGGCGCUCGCAGCGAUGGGACUUAGGCAACGAGCAUGCGCACUAGCAUUAAGACGACUAGAAGACCCCAAAGAAGAAGUCAGAGGCAGAGCGGUUAUAUCACUGGCAACACUAGGGAUGAAGGGCACAAAAGAGAUGAAGGCGCUUCUCGAUUUACUCGAACUCGAUACAAGCGUCUACGUCAGAAUUCAGGUUGUACGGGCCUUUAGUCAUCUGGGAUGGAAUGAUCCAAGAAUUAUCCGCAGUUUGAGAGAGCGUGAACGAGGGGAAGGGACGCUAGCGAUUGAGGCAGAAAGGGCUCUUGCCCUACUAACAUAGGAAAGGGGAUGUAGCAUAUCUAUAAGACGCGAGGAAUUAGUGCAUGACUCUCCACACUCUUCUGCCUGCCUAAUAUUUUGUAAAUAAAAGGAAAGUUGUUUUAAGUGAAAGUUUUCCAUCAUGUUCUCGUAAUCUAUGAACGCUAACAGGGAUAAUAAAAAAAGUCAUUUAA